AUGGCCGAAGAGGUGGCCAUUGCUCUGGCCACCCUCGACCCAGACUGUGACACCAUCGUGAGCGACUCCCGCACGGCAAUCAACAACUAUAUCAAAGGCCGCAUAUCACAGCAAGCAUUACGCAUCCUACACCUAGCCCUUCAUUCAACAGAUAACCAAAUCACGCUCGUCUUGAUUCCAGCACAUGCCAGCGACGUUCAUCCGCGCCUCACCAACCUCAACGAGGUCGCACACUCCUUAGCACGAGGCCUGGUCAACCGUGCUGGAGACAACGCAGCCCUGCAAGCGCUGCUGCAGCCAGACCAAGCCGGGAUCACCGUGACGCUGCUGCGCGCCAAGCUAAGCUCCAUCAGAGUGCGUCGGUCCCUCCACGCCGCUGUCACGGCUGCGCACCACGGCGAAACGCCAGUCACCAAGGCGGUAGCCCUGUCCGACUACUCCAGUGCCACGGCAGUGCUAGAUUACGACAACUACGUGGAGCGCAUCUUCUCGGCACCCGUCUCAAUUCAGAGGUCGACCCUCGAUACGGGCAAAAAAGGGGACGCUGCGGUGACCACACCGGCGACCAGCGCGGCGUACUCCGGCUGUGGCCAGACCAUGGGCUGCUUCGGGACGCCCAAGGGCUGCCUGUCCCGUGGCACCUGCACCCUGCUGCUCACCUACGUCGCCCGCGGCGACGGCGUCGACUUCGAGCUCAUUGCGCCUGCGCGUCACGAGAACAUGUGGAUCGCCGCCGGCAUAUCCGAGACGCCCAGCAUGGAUAUGGCAAGCGUGGUGGAGUGCCUGCGCAACAAGGGAGUGAUGUCGAUGCGCGAGUCUUGGAACAGUGAUGGCAAGAAAAACAUCCCCAUUGCCAAUCAAACUCCCGGUCUAACGUUCAUCAAGCGGGACUACUACGAUGGCAUGCUUCGUUGCUCCUGGCACCGAGCUCACGUGACCAGCGUACAGAAGACCACCUUCAACACUGCGACCAACAGCUACCACUUGCUCCUGGCAGCUGGACUGUUUGAUGGAAACACUGAUGUUAAGAAGGAACACUACGAACGGGAUUACACCAAGGCUCCUGUGAACCUGAAAGCCAUGCAGGUCGCCCUUGGCGGUGCUGGCUCCGACAUUUUUAUCAAGCUUCACGGCUCUUUGAUGAUCGUUGCCUGGGUGCUGCUUGUCAGUGUGGGCAUCCUCCUCGCCAGGCACUACAAGAAUGUCUGGGAGGCCACCACUGUAUGCGGUGUCAAGCCAUGGUUCGCUUUCCACCGAGUGUUGAUGAUGAUAGCAGUGGCCAUGAUGAUUGCAGCACUCGUAUUGAUCUUCUAUAGGGUCGGCCAGUGGAGUGUGACUGAAAAUCCGCAUCCAAUCUUGGGCAUCGUUUGCUCCGUUUUAGGAUUCUGCCAGCCCAUCAUGGCACUUUUCCGAUGUCAUCCCCACGAGGACAACAGGUACAUCUUCAACUGGGCUCACUGGUUCAAUGGAAACGCCGGCCAAAUUGUUGCUGUGGCCACCAUAUUCUUCGCCGCGGGCCUCGAGAAGGCACAGCUCAAAGGCGCCGACUGGUUCGUCUACAUCCUUGCUGCCUUCGUUGGAUUCCACGUACUCGUGCACAUCAUCAUGCAGCUACACUCUGCACUCAUGUCCAAGAAAGUGGCUUCCAAUGACAUAAAGAUGCAAGACAGGUCGACUGCGAAUGGCGUUCACGCAGUGGAGCCAGGCCUCGAUAUGGAACCGCCAGCGACGGAUGCCCCGGGAGGUGGUUUCAGACGCUUCAUGCUCGGAAUCUACCUCGUCGUUGCCAUACUCGUAGUAGCGGCGCUGGUCUCUACAAUCUGGUUCGCUACGGCUCCAUAAGGACCACAAUGACGCCACGGAGUGAUAAGAUCAAAAAUACGAGGCUGCGUCUUCACUUCACACCUAUGGACCACAGUGAUGGUGCCCCCUGCCCUUCUGGCCCUAUAGACGCAGACCUCGCGUCACGAAGGAACCUACACUUUACGGGACUGUUCGGUGGUUGCGAACUUACUUGCAGAUUGUCGUUAUCCACCGAGUUAUCUCUGUCACGACUUGUGCCUUAUCACGCCGCCACUCUCGCAGCAGUCGAGUGCCUCCGAAGGUGGUGUACAGCGAAGCCGAAACGUCCCUCAUUCAUCUGGACAAAAACGUCCCGUCGAAAUAACACGCACAAGAAACCCCGGCGUCCCCUGCUGCCCUUGGACAUGAAUAGUGCCAAUGCUUCGUAUCAAAGGAAGCUCUCUCGUGCGUGUGUGCAUUUGUUCUUUGCAAGACUUUGCGAACAAUUUUCUUAUGUGUACCGUUCGUAUAGUUUUUUUUUUGUGCCGAUGUACGUGUUAUCGAGUUUUCUGAUGACGUUAACCAAGUACGCGUUUUUUGAGUGAACGAACCUGCAUACGUACGUGCGUUCUCCUUUUCAAAGAAGCUGACGCUUUUGCGCUUUUUUCAGUGGCGUCGAAUAAUUCUUACACGAUGAUUUCGCUGCGUCAUUGUAUUUUUUUUUUUUGUUGGCAUAUAGCAAUACCCUUGGCGUCUUCGAGGCCCUGCUUGGAAAGCGUAAGUGCGUGGCGUUUACUUGUCUAAUAUUUUUAGCGCUUCUACCUCAUCUCAAAAAGUUUAUAUAUGACUUGGCUAGCCUAACAAUAACAUCAGCCGUAGUUUUACAUUAAUGAGCUUUGCUUCGCAGCUACAAGAGGGCGCCACGCAUAGAGUAUUGUAUAUAGGGAAGUGAACUUCUCUGAGACCAACAUGAAUGCAGAUAUUGAUGUAAAUAAGCGAGUAAUAUAUUGUGUUAAUAAAUAGUUGUUUUCUUUUUCUA